UUUGCCCCCCCCCAGUUGGCAGAGCUGAAGCAGGAAUGUUUGGCCCGGGGCUUGGAAGCCAAAGGGAACAAACAGGAUCUGAUCCAUCGGCUCCAGAGCUACCUGGAGGAGCACGCUGAGGAAGAAGCAAACGAGGAAGAUGUCUUGGGAGAAGAAAUGGAGGAGGAAGAACCCAAAGCUCCGGAACCGCCCCCAAAGGCUGAGGAGCCCCCCCUGAAACCCCCUGAUGGGAUCACGGAGAAGAAGGUGGUGAAGAUCAGCUCGGAAAUCUCCCAGAUGGAGAGGAUGCAGAAACGAGCAGAACGUUUCAACGUCCCUGUCAGCCUGGAGAGCAAGAAAGCAGCAAGGGCAGCAAGGUUUGGGUUGGCCACGGUUCCGACCAAAGGUCUCUCAGCAGACAGCAAACCCACGGUGAACAUGGAUAAACUGAAGGAAAGGGCUCAGAGGUUUGGGCUGAAUGUCUCCUCCCUCUCCAAGAAGAGUGAGGAAGAUGAGAAGCUGAAGAAGAGGAAGGAGAGGUUUGGCAUCGUCACGAGUUCAGCUGGGGCUGGAGCCACAGAAGACACAGAGGCAAAGAAAAGGAAACGAGCAGAACGCUUCGGGAUCGUCUGACACCCAUCCCACAGCUCAGACCCCCCCCUGCCCCCCGUUUUCUCUCCUUCUCCCACUCUUUUCUCUAGGUUUUAGUGAAUGGGUAGACAAGGAAAAAAAAGAAACCCAAGUUUUAUGAUUCUCCUGCUUGUUUCCCUUUUGGAGUUACAGAGGU